AUGGCGGCGUCUAGAUGCACUGCACCGUUUACGCCGCCUCUCCGUCGCCUCCCGUCUCCCGCGGGUGAUCCCGUCUCCCUCCUCUCCCUCCUCACGCUCUUAGCGCUCCUCGCGUUGAUCCGCGUUUCCGCGGCCUCGGAUUUCCGCCCGUACCGCGUGCGCGCGCUUACAGACGCGACCUUCGAGCACGACACGCAGGCGUCGUCAGGGCAGACCACGGGCCGAUGGUUCGUUCUUUUCGCCACGUCAGACUGCCUAACCUCUGCUGACUCCGCGUCGCCAUGCCACCGCAUCCUCGCAUCGCUUAAAGAGGCUGCUUCUGCCGCGGACGACGUGCCUGGUCGGCUGUUCAUUGCUGCUCAGGUUGAUGUAGACGCAAAUCCGAAGCUGAAGAAGAGGUUCGGCGUUGGCUCCGAGCCUGUUCUCAAGCUCUUCCGAGACCGGGCCAUGUUCUCCUUCCCCCAAGCCUCUCUCCCGAGCCUGAGCAGCAGGCACGGGAUCGGCGGAGGAUUGGAUGACACAGGAGAUGAAGGGGAUGAGGAAUUUGAAGGGGAGGGGUAUGCAGCAGCAGCAGGAGGAGCAGCAGGCGGAGCAGGAGGGGAAGAUUUGGCAGCGGUGUUGCGGCGGUUUGUGCGGGGAGGAUACAAGGAGGUGGGGGAGCAGAAGGUGCCGGGGGAGCCGACAGCCGUGGAUGGGGUUGUUGACCUGCUGGCCGGGGCGCGGGAGCAGUACCACGCGUUCAUGCGGUAUCUCUCGUACCACCCUGUGUGGCUGGCAUCGCUUGGCGGUCUGGUGGCUGUCACCUUCUAUGCUUUAACUCGCUGGCUGCUGGGAAUGGGUGUGGCUCCCCCGCGUCGUCCACGUCGUGUUGUUCCCAGAGCGAGAAAGGCGGAUUAA